GGCUUCCGGCGUGCGCGCGCGGCGGGCGGUAGCCAGGGCGGGCGCGCGGGCGGGAGGGGGCCCGGCGGUGGAGGUUGAGGCGGCGGCAGCGGCCGGGUCUGUGUCGGUGCGGGGCGGCGGCGGUGGCGCGCAGGGAUGGACACGCUGGGCAGGAAGGUGGUGGUGUGCGACAACGGCACCGGGUUUGUGAAAUGUGGCUAUGCUGGCUCAAAUUUUCCGGAGCACAUUUUUCCAGCUUUGGUUGGAAGACCCAUUAUAAGAUCAACUGCUAAAGUGGGAAACAUUGAAAUCAAGGACCUCAUGGUUGGUGAUGAAGCAAGUGAAUUACGCUCAAUGCUGGAAGUGAAUUAUCCGAUGGAGAAUGGCAUAGUUCGGAACUGGGAUGAUAUGAAGCACCUCUGGGAUUACACGUUUGGACCAGAAAAACUUAAUAUUGACACAAAAAAUUGUAAAAUACUACUCACGGAACCUCCCAUGAAUCCAACUAAAAAUAGGGAGAAGAUCGUGGAGGUUAUGUUUGAGACAUACCAGUUUUCUGGGGUGUAUGUAGCCAUUCAGGCUGUUCUUACUUUGUAUGCUCAAGGUUUGUUGACUGGUGUUGUUGUGGACUCUGGAGAUGGUGUAACUCAUAUCUGCCCAGUUUAUGAAGGUUUCUCUCUUCCUCAUCUCACCAGACGGUUAGACAUCGCUGGGAGGGAUAUCACUAGGUACCUCAUCAAGCUCCUCUUACUACGAGGGUAUGCUUUCAACCAUUCUGCUGAUUUUGAGACUGUUCGCAUGAUCAAGGAAAAGCUAUGUUACGUGGGAUACAACAUUGAACAGGAGCAGAAACUGGCAUUAGAGACCACAGUACUAGUUGAAUCCUACACGCUCCCAGAUGGCAGGAUUAUCAAAGUUGGUGGAGAACGGUUUGAGGCACCGGAGGCUCUCUUCCAGCCUCACUUAAUCAAUGUAGAGGGGGUUGGUGUGGCUGAAUUGCUGUUUAACACCAUCCAGGCUGCUGACAUUGAUACCAGGUCUGAAUUCUACAAGCACAUUGUGCUGUCUGGAGGGUCCACCAUGUACCCCGGGCUGCCUUCACGACUGGAGCGGGAACUUAAACAGCUCUACUUGGAACGAGUUCUGAAAGGAGAUGUGGAAAAACUCUCGAAAUUUAAGAUCCGAAUUGAAGAUCCACCUCGUCGAAAGCACAUGGUGUUUUUGGGUGGUGCGGUUCUAGCAGACAUCAUGAAAGACAAAGACAACUUCUGGAUGACCCGACAAGAAUACCAAGAAAAGGGAGUGCGUGUGCUGGAGAAGCUUGGUGUGACUGUUCGAUAAAUCCCAAAGCUUGUUCCGAUCACAUGUCUAAAGCUUUUUUUUUUUCUUUCAUUGCCAAUCUCUGAACUCACUCAGCUACAUGCUAUGGAAAGGCCUGUCUGUGGCCUUUUGACCCAAAGGUCAGGUUUUGUUCUGGUUUCUUGGGGUAGCUUUUGUUAAAUGUUUCUUAAUGUGGCUAAAUUUGACUAUUAAAUUUGACCACUUCCCUGCAAACAAAACAGAGCAAGAGCAGCCUGUCUACUUCAUUGUUCCUUCUCAGUAGGCAAUUGGGUAAUUCUGGUAGGCUUUUUCUUCUGGGUUUAUUGCUGUAGUACUGCUAGCUUUUGUCUCUAGUUCACAAGGGGUUGUGUGCCUUUUUUAGCAUAAGAAAACCUUUAAACAGGAGUUUUCGCUAUUGGAUCAUUGUGGUGGUUAUUUUUGCAUCCUUUCGCCUCUCUCUACAUGAAGAUUAUUUUUUUUCUUUCCUGCAAUUAGGAAUUUUGAUUAAACAUUGUUAGAAACUAGUUUAACGAGCUGGAAUGGCUUUAACACACUGUUUCGAUGUCAUGUGGUUCCAUGCACACUGCUGCCUAAAGUGGCUUCUGAGGUGGUUUAACCUUAAAGGCGGUGGUGGGGCUUUCAUACUGUAUUUCUCUAAGUGGGCAUGUACACAGUUGCCACAAACAGAGAAACACCUGAUAUUCUGGCAAAUGUAAAUUUGUGGCCUUAGGUGUCUUUUUCUGGAGGGAGGAGACAGGUUUGAGCUGUGUUGCUUUUCUGUUAAGGGACAACUGGGGUCAGUCUGACCAAAAAUGCCUCUUUUUAUAGCUAAAUUUUGGUACCGUGUUGUCUCAGCAUAGCAAGCAAGAAUGUUAAAUUAGCUAUUCUGUAAUUGUUGAGAAACUUAGAUAUGCUGAGACAGGAGCCUCUAAACUUCUGAAGAGAUUUAAUACUUUCAGAAAUGCUUGUGAAAACUGUAACUAUAGAUAUUAAACCCCCCCAGAACUAAGUUUUAAAAGUCUGAUGUUUUAAGUGCUUGUAUGUACAUCAGAAGCACUUCCCUUAAACUUUACAAGUAUAUUAACCUAGUGCCAAGUAGUUACUGCAAAUGAAUGUUUCAUUGACCAGUGUUUAUUGCAGCAAGCAGAUAUUUAUAAACAACCACUGGCAGUAGGUUAUAAAGAAUGACCUAUAUUUGUUCCAGUUAAAAAUAACAUUGGAAUAUGAGAUGUUGUUGGUUGGUAAAUAUCCACAAUUCAUUUUGUCCGUCUUGAUUUUUGAUACUUAACGUGGGAUGGGGAAGGAAGUGAAAAACCAAUGAUGAAAAUGCUGUUUCCAGAAAGUACAUUAAAGCUGAGUUGUUCUGAAAAAUAGAAGUUGUCACUAGUAAUUAUCAGCCAUCUUCUCUGAGUAUAGUUGCCUGUAUUUUCUUCCUACUAGCAGACUGGUAACUAACUUUGCAAUAAAAUCUGCCUUACAUAAAGCAUAGCAAAAACUGCUUGCAUACACACGCCAGUUAGACUUAGUUCUACUUUGCUUGUCAUGGAAACAUUAUAUCACUUCUUACUGGUUUUCCAAGCCUACCAUAACAUUUAAGCAUAAGGAAGUUAAGAUCUGCUUUUGACUUCCAAACUUUGGAAUGUAAGAGAUAUGCUUUCAUAUACUUGCCAUUUGUCUACAUCUUCACAUUAAUAAUUGACCCCAGGAACAUGGAAAUAUUAAACUCCCUUGGAUUCUUAAAAUUUGCUCUCUUUCUAAAUCGAGCAGACAGCUUCCUUUUGGCUGAGCGAGCCAAACAAGCAGAAACCAUGUCUGCGUUUCUUUAAUAACAAGACAGUCGCUAUAGUAUUGCUAGUAAUGACCAUUUAAUUAUAGGUGGGUGGGGUUUUUUGCAGCUAUAUUUACUCUUAACUUGAACAAUAUGAAUUUACAGGCAUGCCGGUCAUGCCUCAGUGCAUGCACUUAAGCAGUUACUAGAUUUUUGGGGACGUGAAUGUAAGGGGUACUCUGAAUUCCUGUAGUCUUCUGAACAUUUAAUACACAAGAUUUAAAAAUGCUGUGGGCUUGCUUUAGAGCUAUGGUUUCUCAUGUGACUGUCUCUGGGCUUUUUGGACAGUGUUGAGAAUCAUGGAAAUAAACCAAAGAAUGAUUUAAAAACCUUUUUUGAAUGACAAUCUGUCAUGUGAUUUUUUUCAAAUCUAGGCCUUGACCCUGCAACCCCUUUUCUAAACCAUCUUCUCCCCCGUUCAUUGGCUUCAGUUAGGUAUGUGCAUGUUUGAGUAAAGGUUUUGGAAUUUGGCCCUUUCACUAAAGAACUUCACAGUACCAUGAGUAAUAAAUGUCAGUUGAUUAUGCAGAAUCUUGGGUUUCCAUGGAAACCAUGUAUAUAUUAAAAAAAGCAACUAGCAUUUUAAAUUGCAGCUAUCAUGGAUUCAGAAAAAUGCAUAUGUAAUCCAAAUACUGAAUGGGGUGUUCCAGUUGUGCUCAGUGUGGUUUUCCAUGUGUGUGUUUGCACACACGAGUGUGUGUGUGUUCUCUCAGCUGACAGUUUCAAUAUUGCUAUGAAAGCAAUCUGGUUUUAAAGUUGGUUGUGGGUUUUUUUUUUUUAAGACCAAAUAACUUGAGUUGUAUUUGCAAUAUGCUUCAGCUCCUAUAAAAUUAGAAUAGAAGAUGCUGCAUAAGUUGUAAGUUUCUUGGGAACAUCCUAUUUUUAAUGUUAAGCUGCUUCAAACCCCGCCCCCUCCCCCCCCAGUGUUCUAGGAUGUUAACUGAUGUAACACAAAUGGCUUUUUAUACAGUUCUGAAUAAUGUUAACACACAACACUGGUUGGGACCAUGAAUGGAAAUAAACAUCUAUUUAAAUUGACAGGUCUUUUCAAUACAAAAAUAAAAUCAGAUUUUUUUUCAAA